UUUUCCAAAUUUUGCAUCCAGCUGUUCAAUUUGGUUGUUCAUCAAAGUUUCCUACCUCUAGCAAUAGCGUCGAACUACAUUGAAGGUUCUUUUAUUGUUUCACCAUUAAGAAAUGGAAGUGCCUGAAAAUAGAAAGUGGAUGGAUAAUAGAUUGGACUGCAAUAAGCACAUGACAGAUGAAUUUAUUGUUGGAAUUCAUGAAUUUAUUAAGUUUGCUUGUGAACAAAAACAAUUUAUUGCUGGAGGUGGGUUGAUUAGGUGUCCUUGUAAGAAAUGCAAGUGCAUGAGACAUGAAAAAAUAGACACAGUUAAAGUCCAUCUAUGCAUGAAAGGUUUCAUGAGUAAUUAUCAUCAUUGGACGAAUCACGGAGAACCAAUUCCCAGAAUGGGUGUCGAGAGAAAUAGAGACUUGCCAAAAGAGGCUAGGAAAUAUAAACCUGCCUCUGCCUCAUCAUCUGAUGGUACCUCACCUUCAAAAAUCAAAAUAGGAGACAAUGAUGACUCUAGUUUCCCUCCCGAAACCAGAACUGAUGUAGCAGCGACUCUUGGGGGUGUUCUUGAGCAGUUGCGGCAUGGAGCUUAAUAACAAUUGACCUCAAUGAGACGCCAGCAAAGAUAUUGGAAGCAAACCAGAAUAUGUACGCUAUCAUAGAGAGGAAUUUGCAGGGUGAACAGGAUGAGGAUGACAGUGGCAGUGGAGGUGGAGGUGAGGAAAAGAGGAAAAAGAGGAAAAGUGACACCUCUAGCUCCAAGGGCUGGGGACGUUGAUUUUACUUAGGAAGAUUGUAAUUUUGUUGUUUCUUGUGUAAGGAUGAUUGUACUUUGGAUGACACCUUUCCAAUUAACAUUUAAGAUGCCGAUAAGAGUUAUUCACCUACUAAUUUCUUAGCUAAGUGAAUCUACCCAUUAAGAACCUAGCCUUAAUUCCUUAAGUCCUAGUGAUCAUAAAAGGAGCAUUAUAGCACAUACCUACUCGAUAAGACAUUCCAAAGCUCUGUUC